AUGUCCGACAUUUAUCUGGUGAUCGGCGGAGAAGGAUUUCUCGGCCAUUGGAUUGUAGAUUUACUUCUUAAGAGGGGCGAUAAAAAUGUCUCGACCUUUGACCUUUCGCAAAGGUACUUUGAUGAAAAGGUAACUUAUUAUGCUGGUGACCUGUGUAAUUAUCGGGACGUUGAUGACGCUAUAAAAAAAUCAAACGCCACAACUGUGUUUCACACAGUAUCUCCACCUCACGUCGGAGCUCCGGCAGAAGUGUAUUGGAAGGUCAACGUGGAGGGAACCAAGAAUGUUGUCGAAUCUUGCAUUACAAAUGGAGUUAAGAAAUUGGUGUACACAAGUAGUUCUAGCGUGAUUUAUGAUGGCGUCCAUGAAUUGAUUGGUGUAGACGAAACGACACCAUAUCCCGAAAAGCCGAUGGAUGUCUAUAAUGAAACGAAGAUGGAAGGCGAAAAGUUGGUAAUUAAUGCAAAUGGAAGAGGUGGCCUUCUCGUAGCCAUCAUCCGUCCCUCCGCUAUUUUCGGUCCCAAUGAUCGACAGCUCAUUCCGGCAGUGAUAAAAGUCAUGCAACAAGGUCAAACCAAAAUUCAAAUUGGCAACAAUUAUAAUUUAGUUGACUAUACCUACGUCGAAAACGCGGCUCAUGCUCAUAUACUGGCAUCCGAUAAAUUGUUUGACGGUAGUCCGGUAGCAGGCGAGGUCUUUAUAAUUACAAAUGGGUCACCCAUUCCAUUCUGGGAUUUACUCAGAUACAUUUGGGCACAAUUUGAUCACUUCCCACCAUAUAUUGUCAAAUUUCCAGGGUCAUUAGGAUUUUUCAUUGCAUUAUUAACCGAGUUUGCAUGUCGUUUCACCGGGAAAGAAGCGGGACUCAAUAGAUUCAGAGUAAAGUUUACUAUUAACAAUCGAUAUUUUAAUAUUAACAAGGCCAAGAAGUUAUUAGGGUAUGAACCGCUCGUGGAACUAGAUGAAGCUUACUUCAAGCGAUAUCAAGUGAAAUAUCGCAGGAGGCGCGAGGGCAAGACCGACUAUUAUGCCCGUAAAAGACUCGUUGUUCAAGCAAAGAACAAGUAUAAUUCCCCGAAGUAUCGUUUGGUCGUCCGCUUCACCAACACGGACAUAAUUGUUCAAAUAAUUUAUGCUAAAUUAGAAGGAGAUCAUGUUAUGACGGCGGCUUACUCGCAUGAACUACCAAGUUAUGGUAUUAAAGUAGGUUUAACAAAUUGGGCGGCAGCAUACUCCACUGGCUUGCUUGCUGCUCGCAGGGUUCUCACCAAACUCAAGUUAGCAGACAAGUACGUGGGUGUCGCCGAACCUGAUGGUACGGUGAGCAUGGUUGAAGAGCUUGAAGAUGCCCCACAUCCUUUCAAAGCCUUUUUAGAUGUUGGCUUAAAACGUACAUCAACUGGCUCCAAGGUCUUUGCAGCAUUGAAGGGUUCUUCUGAUGGUGGAAUUUUCAUUCCUCACAGCGAAAAUCGUUUCCCUGGAUAUGAUGCGGAAUCAAAAAAAAUAGAUUCGGAAAUCCUCCGAAAAUAUAUUUACGGAGGUCAUGUGGCAGAUUACAUGCGUCUCCUUCAAGAGGAAGAUGAUGAAAAAUAUAAACGUCAGUUCUCUAAAUUUAUUGAGGCCGGUCUUUCCGCUGACGACCUGGAAAAUGUUUAUAAAGAAGCUCACGCAAAGAUCCGUGCAAACCCUGUGUUCAAACCCACCGAAAAGAAGGGCGACUACAAGAUAUUUAAGAAGUAUAAGAAACACCGUCUGAACCUCAAGCAGAGAAGGAAUAAGGUCGAACAAAAAAUUGCAGCUUUUAAACGCUCACAAGGAGGAGAUGAUGAUGAUGAAUGA